CGGUAAAGACAGCCGGCCUGCAGGCCACGCCCCCUUCGUUCACUCACUGUCCAUACAAGAAAGACAGAGCUGUCCCACUCGAAGCUGUCCUCCUGUUGCUGUGACCCAACCAAGACACAACCGACAGGAGGCCUGGGAUCAUUUCACUCGAGAGAUCUUCUCAUUAUGUUGCCACAGCACCUGAAGCAGAUCAGAGUCCUGAUGCUCAACGACAAGGAGAACUCCGAGAGGACCUUGUUCCGACUCGAACAAGGUUUUGAGCUCCAGUUCCGCCUGGGUCCGACCCUUCAGGGGAGGAGGGUGGUGGUUCACACCAACUAUCCGCUAGAAGGACAGCCGUUCAGGAGGAACCACUUCCGUGUUCUGGAGUGGGGUUUCCCAACAGGAGGGGACGAUGACUCUGAUAAGUUCUGCACUCUGGACCUCACGAUCGCCGGGUCCUACCAGUACUACUUUGGAUAUGGGGACACAGAGCGGUCAGGAGGAGGAUACAUAGUAGUCGGACCCACUCCUUUAUAUGGGCGCGGGCGACUGCACUAG